AUGAAGGUCGAGUUUGCGCCGCUCAACAUCCCGCUGGCGCGGCGGCUGCAGACGGCCGCGGUGCUGCAGUGGGUCCUGUCCUUCCUGCUGCUCGCACAGGUGUGCAUUGGAAUCAUCGUGAUACUGAUCAUAUACAACUGUUGGUUCCUCUAUGUCCCUUAUAUGACAUGGCUUUACUUUGACUGGAGUACCCCAGAGCAAGGAGGCAGGAGAUCCAAGUGGGUCAGAAGCUGGACCGUUUGGAAGUAUUUUAAGGACUAUUUUCCAAUUCACCUCAUCAAAACUUGGGAUUUGGAUCCAAGUCACAACUAUAUAUUUGGGUUUCACCCCCAUGGAGUGCUUGUUGCUGGAGCCUUUGGAAAUUUUUGUACAAAUUAUUCGGACUUCGAGGAGCUGUUUCCUGGCUUCACCGCAUAUCUUCAUGUGCUCCCAUUUUGGUUCCGCUGUCCUCUCUUUCGAGAAUAUCUGAUGACCAGUGGGUCAGUCUCAGUUUCUAAGAAAAGUGUGUCCCAUGUGCUGAGCAAGGAGGAAGGUGGAAACAUUUCAGUCAUUGUUCUUGGGGGUGCAGAGGAAUCACUGGAUGCCCAUCCUGGAAAAUUCACUCUGUUCAUCCGCCAACGGAAAGGAUUUGUUAAAAUUGCUUUGACCCAUGGCGCCUCCUUGGUCCCAGUGUUUUCUUUUGGAGAAAAUGAGCUAUUUAAACAAGUUAACAACCCUGAAGGCUCAUGGCUUCGAACUGUGCAAGAGAAGCUACAGAAGGUCAUGGGGUUUGCUUUGCCGCUGUUCCAUGCCAGAGGAAUUUUUCAAUACAAUUUUGGCCUGAUGCCCUAUAGGAAACCUAUCCACACUGUUGUUGGCCGCCCAAUCCCUGUUCAUCAGACUCUGCACCCAAGCCCGGAGCAGAUUGAGGAGUUGCAUCAGACCUAUAUGGAAGAGCUAAGGAAACUAUUUGAGGCACACAAAAGGAAGUACGGUAUUCCCGAGCACGAAACUCUCAUUUUUAAGUAACUAUACUCUUAGAAGGCAUUCAAGAGGAUGAGAGAACAUCCCAUUGGAGGAUACAUAUUUUAACUAAGGACUUUUUUCUUUGACUCUGGAAUCAAAGUGGCAAAUGAAAAGUAUUAUUUAUGGUGACAGAUGUUGAUGUGUAUCCGUGGGAAAUAAAAAUACAGUGUGUGACUGUAGGAGAAGGUAGGAGAUGACUAUAACCCUUCUAAUAAUCCUCCUCAUUUGGGAAGGUGCAAGCAUUUCUCGGGGUAAGAAAAGGUUUAGGAUUAUUUGUGUGCUCAAAAAAAAAAUGACAGUUUCAAAAAAUAAUUAGACCCUUUUACCAAAAUCACAAGAAUUUAAGGUGGUGUCUUCACUAAAUAUGACAGCUCUUAUUUAGCACAGCUGGAACAGUUAGGAAACGGUGUGUAAACUAACUUUCCAUACCGAGCUAGAGGAGAUCUUUUUUUUUUUUUUUUUUUCUGCUU